AUGAGUGGCAGAGGCAAAACCGGUGGUAAGACCAGAGCAAAGGCUAAGACUCGUUCAUCCAGAGCCGGGCUUCAGUUUCCCGUCGGCCGCGUUCACAGACUUCUUCGCAAGGGUAACUAUGCACAACGCGUCGGUGCCGGAGCUCCAGUUUAUCUCGCCGCUGUGCUCGAGUAUCUUACUGCUGAGAUCCUGGAGUUGGCCGGAAACGCCGCUCGUGACAACAAGAAGACUCGCAUCAUUCCCCGCCAUUUACAGCUGGCAGUGCGUAACGACGAGGAGCUGAACAAACUCUUGGGUCGCGUGACCAUCGCUCAGGGCGGUGUGUUGCCCAACAUUCAGGCUGUGUUGCUGCCAAAGAAGACCGAGAAGCCCGCUAAAUCAAAGUAA